AUGUCAAAUGAGGCUAAACCUAUGGCCGACUUGAAACAUGUCGAAGGCUUCGAGCAUAAUCGGCUGGUCGAAGCCCGGCAAAUGAGCCCAGAGGAGCUCCUGGAUGCGGAAAAGUCAUUGAAAAGAAAGCUUGACAUACGUCUCCUUUUUUGUGUUUGGGUGAUCUUUGUGCUGAAUUAUCUCGAUCGGAACAAUAUCUCAGCAGCAAAAGUUGCGGGUAUUUCACACUCGCUCCACAUGACUAGUACCCAGUAUGCUACAGCUGUGGCAAUUCUAUUUGCUGGGUAUGUCUUGAUGCAAAUCCCGUCAAAUAUUUUCCUUACCCAAAUUCGACCAUCGAUCUAUAUUCCAUGUGUUAUGGCUAUCUGGGGUCUACUGUCUGCUCUUGUUGGAGUCGUUCAUAAUUAUUCUGGGUUAUACGCUCUCCGCUUCCUAUUGGGAUUUGUUGAAGCGGCAUUUUAUCCUGGUGCACUGUUUCUCAUCUCUUCAUGGUAUAAACGAAAGGAAAUGGGCGUGCGUAGCGCAAUUCUAUUCUCCGGAUCCCAGCUUGGGAGUGCUUUCUCGGGCUUGAUUGCUGCUGGUAUCCAGGACGGAAUGGACGGUGUUAGAGGCCUCGAAUCAUGGCGAUGGAUCUUCAUAAUAGAGGGAUCCAUUACAGUUUUCAUUGCACUUUGUGCCGUAUUCAUCCUCCCUGACUGGCCUAGCAACACCCGCUGGCUGACCCCCAAAGAGAGAGCGGUUGCCGAAUGGCGUCUUAUUUCAGAUGCUGGGCAGAUCGAUGAAGACGAUGGAAACUGGAGCUACGGAUUCAAGAGAACCUUCGCUGAUUGGAGGAUUUACAUAUUUGCCUUGACUUUCCUGUUCAUUCAGGUUGCCAGUGCAACAUCUAAUUUCUUCCCUGCCGUGGUCCAGACGCUCGGGUUUGGUCGAGUCAAUACGCUUCUCUUGACAGUUCCGCCUUAUAUUGUUUCCCUGGUAGUGACGAUUCUCAACAACUUGUCAGCCGACAGACUUGAGAACUCUUCUUUCCACGUUAUGUGGCCGUUAGUAACUGCAAUUGUUGGGUUUGUCAUCGCUGCUGCGUCGAUCAACACCGGUGCUCGUUACUUCGCAAUGAUCCUCAUGGUAGCUGGUGGCCAUGGGGCUAACGCAGUUCUCGUUGCCUGGACACAAAAAACCAUGCUUCGCCCCCGUAUCAAGCGGGCAGCAUCGGUUGCUUUCGUUAACUCUCUUGGUAAUUGCGCACAAAUAUUUUCGUCCUAUCUUUAUCCCGACAGCAGCGCUCCUCGUUACGUGCUGGCCAUGUCGGUUAAUUCGGCAUUCUGUUUAGGCGCAAUUGCUCUCACUUCCUUCAUGCGCUUGGUACUCCUUCGAGCUAAUAAGCGACUGAAGAAUGGAGAGACUACGGUCGCACAGGAAAUGAAGGGUGAGAGUCAGGCUGAGGUCCCUGGUCUCGAGGAAAGUGAACGUACUACACGCCGUGAAAAUUUCAGAUUCAUUGCGUAG